UGUGCUCCGUAGCAAAGUCGUGGUUCCUGUGUGAGAGGACAAGGCCUGCAGGACUGAUACUCUGAGGAUACGUGUUGUGUGUGUUUUUUUUUUCGCUAAACAGCCGCUAAUUUUAACCGUAGAAAAACUAUAAUGGCUUACCAACUUUACAGAAACACCACGCUGGGAAAUAGUCUGCAGGAAAGUCUGGACGAGCUUAUUCAGACUCAGCAGAUCACCCCUCAGUUGGCUCUCCAAGUCCUCCUCCAGUUUGAUAAAGCCAUCAACACCGCCCUGGCCAACAGGGUGCGCAACAGGGUCAACUUCCGGGGAUCACUGAACACAUACAGAUUUUGUGACAACGUUUGGACGUUUGUGCUGAAUGAUGUGGAAUUCAGAGAAGUUACUGACUUGGUUAAAGUGGACAAAGUAAAGAUUGUUGCCUGCGAUGGGAAGAAUACUGGUUCCAAUGCUACAGAGUGAAAGGCUGAGACAAGUGGUACAUGACUGAAAAACCAGGCUUGUCAGAAAGACCAACUGAUUGGACUGUAUAUAUUUAUAAUUUAUUGCAGUGAUUUCUGUAUAUAAGUCAAACAAAAUGAGAAGCAAAUGGAGGGAUUUGUUUAGACCCAUGAAAGCGUCAAAACUUUUUUAAAAAAGUUUCAAUGCCCAGUUACUUUCAGUUAGUCAUUUUUGAUCUCUUUAUUACAUUUUUAUUUAAAUAUACAUUUGGUAUUAUUUUAUGAUGCAUAAAUGCAAUAAAUGUACAUUGUAAAAUGUGUGUGGGUUACUUUUUUGGUUCAAUGUGAUGUCAGUUUUGUGCCCCUAGCUCUGUGAAGAUCUGUUGGUCAGUAGACAACUGUGGUGUCCUCUCUUUAGGAGUUAUGACCAAAUAGUGAUACUUACCUGAAUGUGGAACUGUCAUUUAACACAAGUUGUGUGCAAUUGUUUUGGAUAAUGUAGAAAUAUGGAUAGGAAGUAUGUGUAUGCAGUGGCUCCCCAACUUACAAACCUUUUGCCAUUACAAACUUUUUGAGAAGUAUUUAUAAUUUAUUUUUUUAAUAAGUAGAUUUAGAAAACCAGUUUAGCACCAAAGCUUCACUCAGGGCAGCCAUGUAAGAGCUAACUUAGGUUUAUCAGCAUUCUGCUCCAGGGUUUUUCUUUUUGCUUUGUACAAUGGACCAUAAAUACCCAGCCAGGGGACCCAGAAUGGGUAGGCACAGGAAUGAGGUAUCCAGAAAGGGAGAUUAUCUACCAGCC